AUAACCUACUAAGCAAUUGUCAUUUUAAAUCGCACGUGACACUAGUCGUGAAUAGAUUGUUUACUAAGCUUUAGAUUUUAAUAAUAAAAGAAAUAUCAAAAUCAAGAUGCAACGUUGGAAAGAACUGAGUGUCAAACUCAGUGAUCCUGUCUUGAAGACAUUGAAGAAAUUGAAGUUUCACACAAUGACUCCAGUACAGGCUGCAUCUAUUCCCUUACUUCUUACUGGUCAUGAUGUUGCUGCAGAAGCUGUCACUGGCAGUGGUAAAACAUUAGCUUUUUUAAUACCGUUGUUGGAACUCAUGCUGAAAAGACCAGAAGAAUGGAAAGAGUUUGAAGUUGGGGCUAUUGUUAUUUCUCCAACUAGAGAACUUGCCAUUCAAAUUAGCCAAAUACUUGCCCAAUUUUUAGAAGAAAUACCUUCUCUUAAACAAGUUUUAUUACUUGGAGGAACAACAGUGCAAGAAGAUAUAAGUCGAUUGCUCGAUGGUACAAAUAUUAUUGUUGCUACUCCUGGAAGAUUAUUUGAUAUUUUAUCAAGUCAUCAAGAAGUCAAAUUACAACAAGCUGCAAAAUCUUUGGAAUUGUUGGUGUUGGAUGAAGCUGAUCGUUUAUUAGAUAUGGGAUUUUCAGAUCAACUUGAUACAAUUAUACGUGCUCUUCCUCGUUUACGUAGAACUGGUCUCUUCUCUGCUACUCAAACAAAAGAAUUGGAACAACUUAUCAGAGCUGGUUUAAGAAACCCAUCGUUUGUUUCCAUAAAAGAAAAUGAAAAAUUUUCAACGCCAUCUAAUUUAACUAAUUUUUAUUCUAUUGUUGAGCCUGAUCAAAAACUUGCUUUAACAGUUAACUUCAUAAAAACUAAAGGAACAAAUUUGAAGUACAUGAUUUUCUUCUCAACUUGUGCAUGUGUAGAUUACUUUGGUCAAGUAAUGAAGACAAUGUUCUCUUCAAUAAAAGUAUUGGCAUUACAUGGGAAAAUGAAACACAAAAGACACAAGAUUUUUGAAGAAUUUCAAACGCUUGAAAGUGGUCUUCUCAUUUGUACAGAUGUUAUGGCAAGAGGAAUUGACAUACCAAGAGUUGAUUGGGUCAUUCAAUAUGAUCCACCCUCAACAGCAAGUAGUUUUGUUCACAGAUGUGGAAGAACAGCUAGGAUUGGAAAUGAAGGUAGUUCACUUUUAUUGGUUUCAGAGAGCGAAGAUGCUUACAUUGAAUUUAUAAAAAGAAACCAAAAAGUAGAACUAAAUCUUUUAGAUAUUAGUGUCGAUGAUGAAAGUGUCAAACAAUGUUUGAAAACUAUGAGAGAAAUGCAAACAACAGACAGGCUUAUAUUUGACAAAGCCAAUAAAGCAGUCGUCUCAUAUAUUCAAGCAUAUCAAAAACACGAGUGUUAUUUAAUUUUGAAAUUGAAAGAUUUAAAUCUUGGUAAAUUGUUCUUGGGAUACGGAUUAUUAAAAGUACCACGUAUGCCAGAAACGAAGAACCGCGAUCUGUCCGAUUUCGAAGAGGUCGAGAUCGAUUUGAACGCAAUACCGUACAAAAAUAAGGAAAGAGAAAAGGUGCGACUGCAAAAGCUGAAAACAUACGAAAAGUCGGGCGUUUGGCCUGGAAAGGAGAAAAAGCACAUGAAGCCGACGGAAGCUUGGUCGGAGGCGAAGAAGAACAAGGUCGAGAAAAAGGAUAGGAAAAAGUUACGCAAGGAUAAGCAAAAGCGACGCGAAGCCAAUAAUCCAGACAUCGGCAAGAAAAGAAAACGAAAGAUCAAGUUCACGGAGGACGAAAUUCAAGAACUGGCCGAUCAAUACGCGUUGGUGAAAAAGUUGAAAAAGAAGAAGAUAACCGAUGAAGAAUUCGAAGAAGCUAUGGGAAUGAAAUAAUGCAUCUCUGUUGUAAAUUAUC